UAUCCAAACCAGCCCUUAAACAACAAAACCUCACAUAAGCUAGUGUGGCAGACUGGGUGCUCGGCUGUUGAUUAUAAGACUAGACAACUGCCAUGGAUUCCGCUUCUUGUUCAAUUCUUGACGCUCUGCGCCUUAAUAGCACCGUUACCAAUUAUGGCAACAAGAAAUAUCGGUACUCCUACACGCCCAGAAACCCAUUUUCGGUUCUUCCAUUUUCCUCCACUUUCCCGGGCAUCCCCGCUUCGACCGGAAAAUUUUUGCACUUCAAUCGGUUUCUUGCUUUCUGCUCAACUUCCCGCUCUGAAAACCAGAGCCGAUCUCUGGAACUUGCUAUUCUUCUGGAAGUUGAUGGGGUUAUGAUGGAUGCUUAUCAUCUGGGUAAUCGCCAAGCCUUCAACGUAGCAUUUCAAAAGCUUGGCCUUGACUGUGCAAACUGGAGUGAACCUGUCUAUUUAGACCUUGCAAGGAAGUGUUCUGGAGAUGAGGAAAGGAUGCUAAACGUGUAUUUUAACCGGAUUGGUUGGCCUACAUCAUUGCCCACAAAUGAGAAGGGAUCAUUCAUAAAGAGUGUUCUCCGAGAAAAGAAAACUGCGUUGGAUAAUUUUGUGAUGUCAAAAAGUUUACCUUUACGACCUGGAGUUGAAGAUUUUAUAGAUGAUGCGUAUAAUGAAGGAAUACCUGUGGUCAUACUAACAGCAUACAGUAAAAGUGGGGAUAAGGUUGCCGGAUCAAUUAUUGAAAAGCUUGGUCAUGAAAGAGUUUCAAAAGUAAAGAUAGUUGGGAAUGAGGAAGUUAAACAGAGUCUUUAUGGCCAACUUAUUACUAACAAGGGAUUAUACUGGGGUGUGGAUGAGGAACUUGCCCAGGAAGCAAUAAAGGCAGCUUUGGCUGAGAAACAAAAAAUAGCAGAGGAUGUUGCUUCCAUACUGAAGCUGAGUGUAGAGAUUGAUACAAGUUCAUCUGAAAGCUUAGAGAAAACUGUAGCUGCAUUGCGUGCUGGGGCAGAAUAUGCAGAAGUACCUUUCAAAAAUUGUGUCCUCAUUGCGGGAAGCCAAUCGGGAGUUUCUGGAGCUGAUCAAAUAGGCAUGCCAUGCAUUGUUCUACGGAGCAGUUUGACCUCUAGAGCGGAGUUCCCUUCUGCAAAAGCUAUGAUGGAUGGGUUUGGAGGUGCAGAUCUGACAGUCUCAAAACUAUGCCAGAAGAGAUGGUCAUGAGAGUCAUGUUUGUUUUUGUGACGUGAGUCAUUCAUCUAGGCUGUUUUUUUUUUAUUUUUUGUCUCCCAAGAGUGAUGAAUCUGACAUCAUUUCUCAAACAGAGGUGUUGAGGCUGAAAGUAUGUCAUUCAGUUCUAUCUUAAUCCGGAUUCCUGUUGGUUUACUCUCCUCACUACCUUUGUUAAGAGCAUUUGUUAAAAAAUGUUGUGGAUAGGUCAACGUUGUU